UGCGCGUGGUUCGCUGGCUCGUACAGGCCCGUUUCCUCUCCAUAUAUACCCGCAACCUAGAAACCUUCACAUGAAGUAGUCGAGUACAUGAGCAUCAGUCGUGGUGUGCCGGGAAAGAACAAUACCGUCGCUCAGCUUCAUGCGAUCGCGGGCUACGUUCGGGGAGUCAGCGUGACGAUUCUCGACUCUAUUUACGAACGCGUUGCCCCCCCAACAAGCAGAGGAGGCAUGAUCACGCGCUCGACCCUACGUCCCGCGUGCAAUCCGCGUCGCUCGGGCUGUCCAGGACGAAGGUUACAGGAGUGAAGAGAAGAAGAAAAGAAUGAACAAGCUAUCUUCUGCCGACCUGCACGCCUCAUGCGCGUGUCUUAUCUUAUUGUCCUUGGUCUUCGCACGCUGUGCCGGCUCCUACGUGAGGUGCGAUGCGUCUUCGUCCGGUUGUAGAGUACGAGGUGAAGCGGUUGAGAUGGUGUGAGGAGGUCGGGGUAGUCUAGCGAU